AUGCUUAUGACAAUUCCACGAAUCCCUGCAAGGAAUCCAAUCAAGGAGCGUCUUCGUCGACUUCGCAUUUUGGCCAUCGCUGCCAAUUUGAGGGGACGAAUCCGUUUUAAAAAGAAUCGCGACAAGAAGUUGAUUUGUGAAAGAAAAGUUUCGAGUCGAGCAUUAAUUGCUCCCAUCAGCGUUCACGACCUCUUUCCAAAUGAUUUGUUGCUUCCACGAGAACCGGUGCGUUCGAGCACAUCGCUGCGCGAACUGUUAGUUGCCACUUCCCCGCAUCUCAUCAAAUCAUUGUCCUCAAAUGAUCCAUUUCAUGAAGAACUAUAUGAGAAAAAGCCGAGAAUUAGUCGAUCUGUGACAUCACGAGAUUGGACUCCAAAGCCCGCUUUUGAUGCCAAGGAUAAAAGCAACUCGAUUGCAACAGCAAAGCAAGAUAACAACAUCAAAACGUUGUGGAAAUUGGACGCUCUGGCUCACAUGUUUGCCAACAAGAAUCAACUGGCCAAUUUGAAUAAUGGACCGGCAUGGAAAUCGCUAGGAAAGUGCUGCACUCGGGGAUGCGAUGUGUCUCAAGAUGAAAAGCCAAUCAACGGCCAAAUGAACGAUGUUUCUCCUGUAACUCCCAUCAAAACAUUGAUUUCAAACGUCAAAUCUGAGGUUGUCACAUCGGUCGCUUGUCUGUCCCCAAUUAGACCCGUUUAUUCACCACCCACCGUUAGCGAUGAAUCUUCUGUGUUCGAGGAGCAUAUUCCUGUUACUUUGCUGCCGCGAGAUUCUAUGGAAUUUGUCACACCAAAUCGUAGAUUAAGAUACCAAUAUGCGGAUUCGUUUACUGAUGAUGUUCAAGGAAAAAUCUUGGCACCUCUUUGUGAAUUCGAUGGUUGUGAAACGAUUGGUGGCACAACGUGUGACUCAGAGAUCAAAGUUGUAGUAAAAACUCCGCGCUCGGAGACUAGCCUAAACAACAAUACAAGCUACGAUUCGAAUGUUGUAUCCGAUGCCUUUUCAUCGUUUUCUCGAAUCCAAGAUGAUGAGCCCCUGAUCGAAGACACUGUUUCGGAUCGACGUGAAAGG